GAACUGAAUUUGCCAGUAGCCCGGCCCAUUUACGCUUCAGAGAUUAACAUGGGCCAGACCACCGAUGAGCUCGCCGCCAAACAAUUCUUUCCUUCUUGAACCUCUCGAUCAUGCCUGUUGUCCGUUGAGAUUGGUGGUUCAGAGCUCGGAUUGCGUAGUUAAACCGGAUGACAUUUUUCUUUCUCCGAUUAUGGCAUCAUCACCAGUGUGGACGCUCCGACUUCAUGCUGUUUCAUUUCCGACCACAAUAUGUGUGGCGAAACAUCCUUUCCCGGCGAAUGUAGUGGAGUUGAGGACCGAAUUGGGGCUUAAUUAUGGCCGCCUGAAAUCGAAUCCGAGGGUGACGUGUGGAAAGUUUGUCUUUAGGGCGUUGGGCGACACUGGCCGUUCUGAUGGCUCCAAGCGCACUCUAAAUGAAGGGGUGGUUUUGAAAGAUCAAGUUGCGAGGUUGCAAGAAACAAUUACUUCACUUCCUCCUGUGGCUUUUGUGAUGAAAAGACAGUCUGGACCUAGUGUUGCAAUUGGUGUAUCUAUUCUGGCAACAAUAGUCAUUAUUGCAGUGAGAGGUUACAUGGUGAGGAAGUCAAGGUACCGCCGUCCUGGCUCUGUAGCUGAUCUUGUCAGACGUGGCCAGUUAAGAUCCGAUAGAAGAGGCAUUUCAACGCCUCUUAAAUAUGAUGAUCCAUUCAAUAACCCAUUGGUGAAAGUUGGAAAGGGGAAUUCAACUGUUGAGAUGUGUGGAAAAGUCUAUCGCUUAGCGCCAGUGACCCUCACAAAAGAGCAGCAAGCCAGCCAUCAAAAGAGGAGGUCACGUGCAUAUCAGUGGAAAAGGCCGUCUGUAUUUCUUAGAGAGGGUGAUCCAAUACCCCCUGAUGUGGACCCAGAUACAAUUAGGUGGAUUCCCGCAAAUCAUCCUUUUGCAACUACUGCAAGUGACAUUGAUGAAGAUUUGGCCCAAAACAAUGUGUAUCAGAAGCAUGGUGUUCCAUUCCGCAUCCAGGCUGAACAUGAAGCACUGCAGAGAAAGCUUGAAGCACUGCAAAAUACAUUUGCUUUACUGUGGGCAUUCAGACAUGGUUUUGGUGCUUGCUUUCCUGUUGUGAGCAAUCUUAACGCAUGCAUUCAUCUUCAUGAGCAAAAAUUCAAGAACUUAGUAAUCGAUCCGAGUGCUGCCAAAGAUUUGGAAAGACCAUUCAAGUCGCAUCUCAAGUCAGGCGAUUUUGUAGAACAGAACCCAUCCCCUAAUCAUCUGGGAUCGAAGCCUUCCAAGUCAGAACAUGUCCCCAACUCCUCUGGAAGCAAUUUUACAUCUGAAGAAUUGCCUAAAACAUAGGGCAGGCAAUGUUUUUCCCACAUGUCCAGUUAUCUAUUCUCUCAGCAACUCCCAGUUUCAAUUUUGAAUUUGUUGAGAGAAGUAUUUCAAGCUAUAACACCACAUGCUUUUCGCAUCCUUCUGUUGACAAGCUGAUGCAUCAUCAAAUUCAAACUGGGGAAGUUACUGUAAAUAUAACUCCAUUAGUUUACUGUAUUUGAGCUGAGUUGUGAUUUCAGUGUAAUUGUACUCCAGUGGGCGGUUGUUUAAGAAACUGUUACUGCUUAUGCUAGGAAUAGCAUUAUAACAACAUCAUAUAGUUCCUGGUUGUUGCCCUUUCAACAUUGGAACCUCCUGCUGGGCUAUCUGUCACUUUUGGAAAAAAUUAAAUGUUUGUAUAUUCUUCUA